UGUAGUUCUCCAAACUGCCUUACGUUAAGUUUUGUAGAAGCGCGUGGAAGUUGAAGUGAAAGUCCGUGUGCAUUGAUUUAGACUCACAAUUUUCGCGUUUUUGCGUUUAGGAACCUGAAAACGCCUGCUGUAAUGUCCACAUAGAUGUGCGAGAAACCUAUUUUGUGUGAUACAAAGUCCUCGAACGGGAAUAUGGAUUCUGUUCAUUGCUGGAAUGGGACAAAAGGUGAUCAGAUUCCCACUAGGGCUAGACCCAUGUCGGACACCUUAUCUAAACUGGCCCAACUGAUCACUUGCAUUGAGUACAAGCCAAAAUCAAAGUCUUCCUUCAUCUGCAAAGACUGCGGCCACAAAUUCUCCGACCUGAAAAGUCUUGAGCGUCACCAGCAAAGAGAGCAUGCACUACAAAAGCUCCAUUGCUGUCAAUGCUGUGGCCAAAAAUUUGUUUUGCUCUCGAGUUUGCAGCUACACAAAUGUUCUCAUGCCUCAUCCAUGUGCCAGACGUGCAUGGGGAAACCUCAGAGGGGUUCCUCUUGCCCUUCCUGCGGCACUGAAUCAGCAGAAGAUCCCUUUUAUCACGAUAAUAGCCCCUAUGCGUGUGCUCCAUGCGGACAAGGCUUCAGCCACAAGCAAGAGCUGCUUCACCACCAGCAAGCGGGAGGCUGUCAGCCCGCCAAGACCCUCAAACCUCCUCCGCCUUCAGAUGCCUCCUUACCUCCAUCUCCUCCAAGCGCCAACUCAUCUAUUCCCACAUGCACUUUGUGUCACAAAACCUUCCGUUCUUAUGCUGGACUUGGUUGCCACAUGCGCUUUUCCCAUGCUCACGUGAAAAGCAGCACAGAGAACAAAAGAGUAGCCAUAGUUAGUACAUUCAAGAAGAAGAAGAAAGUUCUCAUCUCGAGUAUGUCGUUCCCAUGCCGUUCCUGUGACAAAUCAUUUCCUAAGACAUCGCUGCUUCAUCAGCACAGGAAAGAGGAACACCGGCGGGAGAUAAAGGUCAGGAAACUGCAGAGAACCUCUUUGAAGACCACCAGGCAGAGGCGGAAAGGUGAAACGUAUCCAUGCCUCCAUUGCGGAAAAGAGUUCCUGCACCAUCUAACGCUUCGGGCUCAUUUUAGACACUACAGCUCUCACCACGAGAUCCACCUCAAAUUGAAUGGCAAAUCAUCCAGCACUGACACAGCUGCGUCCUGCUCAAAGGCAGCAAAGCAGCUCCAACCUUUCCCAGGAAAAAGACCAAGAGGUAGACCUAGGACCAAAAAUCUACCCGUUUUGAUGGAAACCGCGCAAAAGGAAGAAGAGCAAACCGCUAGUGAUGAAGACGAGGACGCCGAGUAUCCUUGUACGUCAUGCGAACAGGUCUUCAGUUCCAAAGCGAAGCUGUACGUCCACGAGAAAGUCCACAAGGAGCUCCCUGAGGAACGCGGUCAACCCGCCGACACGUGCAGGUGUUGUAGCGUGUGUACGGGUGGGAUUCCCCUCGCUGAGAUUCCAGAAGAUUGUGAAAAGAAAGUCUAUCACUGUGUGCCAUGUGCCGAGGCGUUCAUAGCCCUGAGCGCUUUUCUAGAGCACUGCCAGAAACAUCUGAUACGUGAAAAUGAAGAUGAAUUCAGUGACGACUGAAAGAGCUUCUUUUUUUUUUUUCUUUCUUUCUUUCUUUUUUAAAAAAUUGUUCACUCAUUUUCUCACCAACAUGUAAUUCUAAACUAGUUUGUUUACUUUUGUUUUGUUUUUGUUUUUAAAAGAACCAUUGCAUAUGUUUAGACAAGUACCAUGAAAGUGAUUAAAAAAGAGAAGCGGAUAUUCUUUACAUUUUUUGUGUUUGCAUAUAGGUUUUUGUGACACACAAAAUUUAAAAAAAAUAUAUUUUUGGUGAACUAUUAUUUUAAAAUCUCUGUCAUCAUUUACUCACUCUAAUAUAUUGUGGAGCACAAAAUAAGCUAUUUUGAAAAAUGAUAACCAAAAUGUUUUGUCAAAUUAUUUUUCCAUAUAAUAGAUGUCAAUUUCGGCUCGAUUUUCAAAAUGCGAUCUUGACAUGAGAGUAAGUAAAUGAUAACAGGGUUUUGGGUGAACUGUGCUUUUAAGGCCAGUGAAGUAAUUCCGCAGAUGUUCAGGCUAUCAGGAAUUCCAUUCAUCAGGCAUUUUUUGUUUUGUUAAACUGUAUAAAUAUCAGUAUUUUACAGGUUUUGAUUUUGUGGGUAUAAUGUUGUGCGCAGGAUAAUUCAAUCUUACCAAUCUGAGCCAAACAAUUGCAUUUCGUCAGAUACGGGUACCUAAUUAAAACCACUUAAACUCAAAGCACAGUUUUGCUUCAGGUUCUAUGUGUAUAUACCUCUAUACAGAUGUACAUGUAGAAGUCAUAUCCAUUAUGUAACUGUGAGAUAUUUUAACACAUACAUUACUUCUGAUUUCUAAAUGGCCAGUGCCUAGCUGAAACACAAAACCAAUUAAAUGUAUGUGCUGCUUUUUUGUUGUCUGUCAAGUUGGAGGAUAUAAUAUCUUUGCAUCUGCUAGAUUCGGCUACUGAAGUGUUUCAGCUUGUUUUAUUAUAUAGCGUUUUACUUACAUUGCGAAAUUUGUAUUUCGUAAACUACAUGAAGCAAAGUAAGCUUUAUUCUUCUAAAGUUGUAGAAUCAUUACAGAUAGCCUUGUAUACAUGUUAUUAUAUGCUAUCAGACCAAAUAUCGCAAGUGUAAUUUCAUAAGUUUCUUAUUAGACUGGAUGAAUGAAUAAUGCAGAUAUGAGACCUCAGAUUAGAUGACAAGUCCCUUUAAUUAACUGAUUUGUAUAUCAGGGGUUCUUAACCUUUAAUAAUAAUUUGUUUCUGAUGUUUUAUGUAACACAUCUAACAUUUUCUCUUCCUAACACCAAACAGGCUGCAGUGAUUUUUCAGCUGUUUUUUGCACUGACCUUUUUCGUCUUUGAACACUGUAUAAUAUUUACUUUAUGACUCGCAUUGCAAAUGAUGAGUGCUAAUAUAACUAUAUUUUAACCCCAAAUCGUUUAUGAAAAAUACAGGCUGGAGGCGUUUUAAAUUUAGUUCUCUGCAUUACUGUCUGGGUGUGUUUACUUGCAGAUGCCUCCAGUAUCACCUGCUUUGUCCCAAGAUGUGUGAUGAUUUUCUUUUCUGUUGAAUAAUGUUUGUCAGAAAAUUUACCUCAUGUAAGGAUUGCAUUGGCGUUGUUUUCGAAUAAAUUGUCUAAAAAGC